UAUGUACAGUGACAAAAUAUACAUCAUCAUUAAGUAGAAUUUAGUGUGAAAUUGCCUAGAUUAUUAUUAUGAAAAAUAGACUAAUUGUCAAUAACUUUCCAGCUCAGUUGCCGAUGUGAAAAAAUUUCUGCAAAAAUACUAAAUACGCAAUUACGCAUUGCAGUAGAUUCGAGUAGAAAGUCGCGAGUGAUAAAAUGUUUUCAACAAACACGAAACUUAAUUUUCAGUCGUCCAACGCAGCAAAAAUAAUUACGCGUGCGUAAAAUAACUUUCCUUUGUUGUCCUCUUUCGUUUCUGUUUUCAUUUCUCGUUCGAGGUCAAAUUUGCCAGCUGUUCGUAGACAUUUCAGCUGAUGUUUGUUUUUGGGUGGUACAUUUUGAUGUGACAUACAUUUUAUCGAACGUGCUGCUAUAAACAAUUCGCAAUUACUAUAAAUAUUUUUAGAAUGUUUCUUAAAUAAAGCUCAUAAAUUCGUAUUCCGUUUUGUCAAGUACAAAAUCUCACUAAUGACGUAAUAGAUGUUUUUGUUGAGACAAAGAGCUUAAUAUAUUUUUGUUUAAAAGAUAAUAGAAAUCUGGAAAGCGAGGAGGUAAAGCGAAUUUCAAAAAUAAGUCUGGAUAGUGAUUCAUCCGGGGACGACGGUGGUGAACCGCCUCGUAAGAAAACCCGAAGGACUACAAAAAACGAGACAAUGCAAUCAAGUAACGGGUUGGUACAAAAUGGGGCACCUUCUUGUAGUAACGGGGCUGCGGAAAACGGUCACGGUGAUGGUGAAAAUGGAUUUUUCCUCAACCAGACGAACCAAGAAAUCGUGAGACUGAUUGGGCAAUAUCUUAAAAAUGAAGGAUUGACUAAAACAUCUGAUUCACUUAUGGACGAGUCAGGCUGUCGCCUUGAUCAUCCCGCAGCUGCAAAAUUCCGUCAGCAUGUCAUGGAUGGAGACUGGUCAAAGGCUGAUCAUGACCUUCAAGAAUUACGUCCCCUAUUGGGACAAGAUGGCAAUAUUAUGGAAAUGAAGUUUUUGAUACUUGAACAGAAGUAUCUAGAAUUUUUAGAGGACGGACGAGUUUUGGAUGCGUUACAUGUGUUAAGAAAUGAAUUAACACCACUGCAACACAACACUGCAAGGGUUCAUCAGCUAUCUAGCUUUAUGAUGUGUUCCAGUACCGAGGAGUUGCUUGAACGCACAAAUUGGGAAGGCAAAGGGAUGCAAUCUCGCAUGAUACUGAUGAACAAAUUACAGUCGUACUUACCGCCUUCGAUAAUGUUACCUCCGAAUAGGCUUCACCAGCUGUUAAAUCAAGCACUCGAACUUCAGGCUAUACGUUGCAGCCACCACAACACCUCUCAGGGAGUUUCUUUACCAGAAGCAUCAUUAUUAGUUGAUCACCGCUGCCUCAAAUCGUCUUUCCCUAUUUAUACAAUGCAGGUACUAAAUGAUCAUUGUGAUGAAGUAUGGUUCUGUAGUUUUUCUCCUGAUGGGACCAAAUUAGCCACAGGUUCCAAAGAUCAAAACGUUAUCAUCUGGGACGUCGAUCCUGAUGCAUGUACUUUAUCGUUAAAGAAAGUACUAGAAGGGCACAAUACUGGUGCUGCGUACAUAUCGUGGAAUCCGGAUUCUACUCAUCUUAUUGCGUGUGGUCCCGAUGAUAGUCCAGAAGUGUGGCUAUGGAAUAUAGAAACCGAAAACUUCCUUAAAGUCACACAAUCGCAAGAAGAUGCUCUCGUAUGCUGUGCCUGGAAUAAAGACGGAACCAAAUUUGUCGUUGGAGGUGUACGAGGACAUUUUUAUCAAUGUGAUUUGAAAGGAAACGUUUUGGACUCUUGGGAAGGCGUCAGAGUAAACGGCUUGUGGUGUCGUCAGGAUGGUAAAACUGUAUUAGCUUCAGAUACUCAUCAUAGAAUAAGAGGCUACAUUUUCGAAGAAAUGACUGAUCAGCAAAUUAUUCAAGAAGAUCACCCAAUAAUGUCUUUCACCGUCGAUAAGAAAGACAGAUUGGCUCUCUUGAACGUCGCCACUCAGGGUGUUCAUCUAUGGGAUUUAAACGAUAGAUGUCUGGUAAGAAGAUAUCAGGGAGUAACUCAGGGACAUUUUACAAUACACUCCACCUUCGGUGGAGUUAAUCAAGAUUUUAUAGCCAGUGGCAGCGAGGAUAAUCAGGUGUACAUAUGGCAUAUACGUAACGAACAACCGAUAGCUACCCUCCAAGGCCACACUCGAACCGUGAAUUGCGUAUCAUGGAACCCCGUCUACCACCACAUGUUAGUAUCGGUAUCGGACGACUGCACGAUCAGAGUUUGGGGACCAAAAGACAAAAUGCCUAAACCGACAGGUACUAGCUGAGAAUAUGACGAUGCGUUUGAAUUCAUAGAUUGCUUCAUUGUAAAGGACAGUUGUUGAAUACUAUCGAUUGCAGCGUCCAUACUAUGUGCAACAGCGUCGAAUCAUCUUUGAAAAGUCGCUAUUUGUCCAUAAUUCUCGGGUACGAAUAUCAAAGGUGUAAUUGGUUAAAAUUCAGUAAGUGAAUACUCAGGUGAUACGAUUAUUAUGACCUGCUUCUUGGUUUUUCUUUUAUUAUCGCGUAUUUCAUUCUUUUAUGAUAAUCUCCAGAAUCAGAAAAUGCUUCCCAUAUUAUAUGUUUGGAGCUUAAAGACUGUUUUAGACUAUAUUUUUCUUUGUUAACAGAAAUUGAUGUACAAAGACAUUGUGUACAAUAUUAAUACAAGAAGUUUUGUGUAUUACAUUGUCACUUUUUCCAAUAAGAGUAUGUUAUGUGAUUCUGUGCAUUACAUGCUAAAAAAGCACUUUUUUUUUAUAUUUUUGUGAUGGUACAUGUACUGUUAACCUCAAUUUUCUUCUUCUUAUUUUCUUUUAAGAAUAUUUUAACCUCAUUUUCCUCAACAUUUAACCUAGUUAGUAUUAUCUUUGAUAUUUUAUAUUACAAAGAUAUGUUAUAUGAUGGAUAAGAAAACUCUGUUAUUAUCAGCUGCUUCCAUUGCAACAUUUCUUAAAAGAAAAGUUAACCUUAAAAGAACCAAUGUGACAGUAUGACGAAAAUAACCUAACUGCGCAUGCCGGUGUACUAAAAAUUGUUAUAAAAAUUGUUAUCAAAUAGGACAUGUUCUAAUUUGUGUAACAUUUCCUAUUAACAUAUUUUGUUUCCUGUUUUACAUUGUGACAAAACUUAGUAUACCAUUUUCUUAUAUCAUUUUAUGUUGAAUUCAUAGUCUAAAACAGACUUAAGAUGGAAAUAUAAGUUUCAAAUGAUCAGAAGCACUUGUCUCAGAACAAAGAACGAAAAUAUGCUCGAUGAUAUAUUUCUACGUCUUAUAUUAGUUAAGGGUUUUGUAACUUCCAGUAUUAUAUCAAAACAAUACCAGAAACUCACUCAAUACCGCAAACCGUGACCAGAAAUCUCGUAACGCGACAGUUCGUAACCACAUAAAUGGUAACGGCGACAGUUCGUAACCACAUAAAUGGUAACGGCGACAGUUCGUAACCAUACAUAUUCGUAACGGACAAUUCGUAACGUCAUACUUUUAUUACAGUUACAAUUGAAAUCACGUUUAUCAAUUUUAACGAACGAGCAUCAGGAUAAACGUUUUCAACACAUUUCAUAUUUCGAGGAGAAAUACAUUUUUAAAAUAAAUAUAAUCUGUGGUUCAUUUUUUAAAUAGGAGUAAACUUAACAGACAGUUUCACACCCAAUAAUGUCAUAAGAAAAAUAAGCAGAUCCAUCUUCUUUUUUUUGGUUGAUCAUAUCGGCCUUCGACGGUAAUCCAUAAAUAUUAUAUUAUAUUAAUACGGCGCUAAAGAGUUCUAAAAACAACUGUUUUUUAUACAGUGAUGAGCGCGCUAAUAACCGGCAAAAUGGCGCAAAAGAUGGAAAACAUAUUAAAUUGUGAGAUAAAAAGAAAUAAAACUAGUAGAGGUGUUAAAAUUAGCGAUAGUAACAUAUACAUUGACGUUAUAUUGAUUGUUUCCCACCUUUAGACGUAUCAGAGGAGUAUUUCAAUCACUGUGACAGUGACACUUCUCAAACUCGUCCGAUAUGUCUAAAGGUGGGAAACAAUCAAUAUAAUGUCAAUUUUUAAGUUACUAUCGCUAAAUUUAACACCUCUACUAGGUUCAUCCCUUUUUAUCUCACAACUUAAUAUGUUUUCCAUCUUUUGCGUUAUUUUGCCGGUUAUUAGUGCGCUCAUCACUGUAUAAAUGCAGACUAAAUAUUUAAAAAUUAAAGGAAUAUCGCAUAAAACACAAAAAAUCGCCGAUAUAACUUAAUUAACCUAUUAAUUUUAAAUGUCAUUAGUGUCAAAAUUAUAUGUGUCAAAAUUUCAUAAUUUAGUGGAGUGAGCUUGCUUGCUGUUGGAUCAAUUACAAGCAAGCAUUACGGCGCGGUAAAUUUGAAUUACUCCUAUUUAAAAAAUGAACCAUAGUAAUGUAAAUUGUAUUACAUACAUUAUAAUUAAGCUGUUUUUAUUUGAUUCAUUUUUUUUCACACUUAAUUUUACAACUUUAAAGAGAUAUAAGAUACAUUUUUUUUUAAAUUCAUUAGUUGUCAUAUUCACAAGAAUAUAAUGCAAAAAUAUGUGUGAAAUAUAUCUAGAAGAGGUCUUAAAAAAUACCAUUACUUUUAGUAUAGGAAUGAAUGCAAAAUGCAUUUUUUAUCAAAUUCAGUAAUACUAAAUUUGCUAAAAAAAUUUACUGUUGGCGUUACAAAUUGCACCGUUACGAAUAUGUAUAGUUACGAACUGUCGCCGUUACAAUUUGCGGGUUAACAACUGUCGCGUUACGAGAUGUCAUUUGACCGCCUCAAACAUAUAACAUAGGGAACCUCUUAGUUUACCUAAAUAUUGCUAAUAUUUUUUGACAGGUAGUAAAUCUGUAGAUCUGAUUAAUUUACUAAAUUUUCCCAGUAUUUAUUUAUUUUUUACCUCUCACUACUAACGAAAGAACUUUCGUUUUUAGAAAGAAUCUAUAAUUCAUUGUACUAGAUUGAAUAAUAAUUUUUGCUAUAGAAUAAAACGUGAUAUAGGAGGAUUAUCACUUUCACAAUCUGCUAAAUUUAUUAAUGAAGAUUUCUGCAAUUAUGUUAGAAACAAAACCUGCUCCCCAGUUGAUCUUCCGUUCAAUUUGAGUAAUCUUAACACGUUACCUAAUAAGUCUUGGGCUCGACUAAUAAAACAACAACUUUUUGUCAAAUUGGUCAUUAUUCAACAACAUGUAAUUGCUCGUAUGUAUGUAGGCGCAAAACUUAUGUUUAGUCACUGAAACAGUUUCAAAUAACGCUCAAAUUUCGCUCUUAUCAGUUGUUACUUAACGCAGCAGUUUUUAACCCAGAAAAUUCUGAGUAAGAUUUAUCAAGAUUUUGAUCAGUAUUUUCCCAUCACAAAGCAGUGAUUUCUUAAAACCGAUUUCUAACAUCGAAAAUUGCAAAGUAGUGUAAUUCAAACCACUGUAACUACUACAACUUUUUUUAACUACUAAACUUAUACUCUGAUUAGGCUAAAAUAUUGACAGGUGACAUUUGACAGUUGGUCUUUUUAUUAGUGAUGAUAAGCCCGAGACUUAUUGUGUAGAGUGUGAUUUGCAAAAAUAUUGUGGUUCUCACUGUUAGAUAGAAAGCCGUUAUCAAAAUAAUAACAAAAAUGUUGAAAACAAUCAAAACUUGUUCAAUCCUUACUUGGUUUAACUUACACUGCCUUGGUCAUUUUAUUGCACAUUUUAAAGUAUUAAGAAUUUAAAAUGAUGUUUUGAAUGAUAUUCCCAAACUUUCUUUAAUUCUUAGAUAAGAUAUUUUCAUCUAAAACCCCAAUUAAAUUGUUAUUUUAGUUAUUUCGAAAUAUGUCACAAAUUAAAUAUUUUAUUAAUUAUAUCUAUUAUUAUUUUUAAUAAUAUAAUUAAGUAAUGUCAUUAUAAAAGAAUUGUUUUAUUGUUUUACCUACAGGUUCUAUAGCGUAAAAUAUUAAUUUCUUAUGUAAUAAUUGAAGAUCAAAAUAAUUAGUAGGUACUGAGAUAGAAGGUUGUGUAUAAUUGAUUUUGUUAUGUUUCAGUAAUUUUUGACGCAUAUAAAUAUUGAAAUGUUCUUAGAAAACAUGUUCUAUAUACUCAACGCUUGCCGUAUGUAUUAUUUUAGAAUACCUAAUGGAUUUCACACGACGCACAACAUUCAACAAAUUUCGAAAUUCUGUUGAAAAAUGAAAUGUUUCUUCUUGUAACUCGUUGUGCUUUUUGAGUUCAUUUAUGUGUGUGAAAUAAUAGUAGGAAUGUAACCAUUAUGGUGUCUUUACACCGUGUCCUUUUUCCUGUGUUGUUGCAUGCAACAAACGUCCUUUGCAACCUGCUUCUUUCUAUUUUGCAUCAACAAAUUAAUUAAACUAAAUACUUUGAAGGGUAAAAGACAAAAAACAAUACAUUUUAUAAAAUUAUACAAAAAUAAUCAUUCUAAUAGAUUUUAUUGUAAUGCAUGUCUGAAUAAUCCAUUCAAUCUUUACAAGUCGCUUUGAGGCAUGUGACUCCAGGUUAGAAUAAAGCUAACAUUAAUUAUAAACAUACUUGUAGACUGUAAAAAGGCAAGCGGAUCGCUUGUCGAUGUGGUCAGAUCACCUGCAACGCCUUGCAGCACACUUUGCCGCUUUUCUGUGACAUGCGCAGUUGGAUCCCUUCCCCAGCGCAUUUUUUUAGAUGCAAGGGCGAAAAGAUGCACCAUGUAAACGCACCCUUACUAAAUUAUUUUCAUGUCAUACUAGUUUCAUAUUAUGUUUCAAAAUUACACAUGAAUUACUCAAUAAGAUUGCUACCCUCUAUAUAUCCCUCAGCAACUGACAUACUCUUCCAUGUUGCUUCAGCGUUGUCAUACUGGUUCCAGUGAUCUGCAUAAUUGUCAGGAUCGCUCAAACCCAGAUAUUUUGCAAUGAUGAAGGGGAUUUUCCAAAUGUAUUUUUUCCAACUGGUUGUACAGUUCAGUGACCUUGUCUAUAGGCCAGAAAAAACUUUUUCUGAACAACCACGUGGCUAUAAAGACAUGUAAUCUCUUAUUGGCUUCAUACUAUUCAUUUUGUCUUCGCCAACAACGGUAAAAACGCGCCUUUUGUCUCUGGUACGUUUACCACAAAAACUGAUUUUCUACCUUCUAUGUGAGUAAUUAGGAUACUCACCAGUUCUUGCCGUCGAAUCCACCAAAUAUUGAUGCAACUUUGUUCUUUAAAAACGUCUCAUUCGAUGCUUCAUGGAUAAAUUUUAAAACAUCUCUAGACAGAGCUUUAGACUUUUUUGAAUGGUAUCCUUUUGACCCUUGCUUCAAAUAUUCGUUUAACUUAUGGUAAUUAGCGAUGUCAGUAUCCUUAUUUAUCACUAAAGUCUGCUUUACCAUUGAAUAUUUAAACCAUAGAGAACUCGGAGAAAACGUUUCGGCAAGAUAGCCGAAGUAUCCAAGCAGCACACUUUCAUUAAUAUGUUCUACAAAGUUUUCUGCCAUCCAGCUUAGUAAUUUGUCAUAUUCUCUGUCGUAUAAGUUUUUAAUUUCAAAACUUUUCUGCAUCACUUUUUAGGGUUGACAGCAACAUAUUAUGUUUAUUUAUGUUUGACGUCAUUACCCUAACGACGAUAUUGCCUAAUCUAUCUAUAAAACUAUCUAUAAUAAACAGAUUUAACUGAAACCCCCAAGGUCACUUGCACCGCAUUAACGAACGUAUGUCGUAAUGUUGUGUUUUCUGUUGGCGGUUGCAAAUAAAUAUUACUAUCAUAAAUUUUCUGAAUUUUUCAAAAUUUUAAAAAUAUUUAGAUUGUAAAUACGAUAACAAACUAGUAUGACAUAAAAGUUUGUAUGCACCAUGGGCAUUAAUAGAUGUAAUAGAAGUAAUACCUUCGGGUGACUUACAAACACUCAGACCAGACGCUUUCUUGUUUUUAAGAUAGUCGUACUCAUGCACAAACAUCUAUUAAUUCCCACGGUACAUAAAUAACUAUUACAACUAGAAUACCUUGUAUCUCAAUACUUCUACUAUGUAGAAUUUCAAAUAAUAUGUUUGUCCUGUGUACAACAUAAUUUUUGUUAAUUAGACUUUCAAAUAUUAUCAGAUAAAAUAAAGUGCUUAUAAAAACAAGCUGAAAAAGUAAAAUUUACAUUUUUUUUAACCUGUGUAUAUUUUAUUUCACCUUAAGAACGGAACGUUUGGCUUAUACAGAGCAGUGUUGCUAUCAAAACUAUCAGGCACGUGUUGUUACCGACUGCCGAUUCAUUCUCAAUACGAUAGAAGCGGCAUCGGUGCGCAUCUAUUGUCCAUAAGAAUUACGUAGCCCUAUCUACGUAACGUUUCGUCCUUAACGUGAAAAGCUCUAUAAUAAUUUAUUGUGUGAAUAUUGCAAAAUACUUUGUUGCGGGACAGUAUCUCUUGGAUAAAUAGCGAUUUCCACGAUGGACACAACUGUUUGAUGGAAUUUGUUGAUGUGUUUUUAAAUUUUAUAAAGGAUAACACCAAGAAUCAGGUUGAAUGUGUCAUAUCUUUUUUUAAUCAAACAUUUAUACUGAUUGUCGUUCUCAAAACCAUUUUCUAUUUCGUAAUUUUUAUGACUUUAUGCGAAUCUUUAUUUAUAGUCUUUUAUACAAAUUUUUGUGUUAAUUUUUGUUACAAAUUUUAAAUUGAAUAUUUUUGUUUUUUUUUUCUUCUAAAUGUGGGCUAGGUUUUGAUAAGAAAUAUAAAAAGUAUUUAAAAAAAUUCGUUUUAUUGCCGAAUAUAUUAGAUGUCUCAUUAUCCAUUCCCCUAUUUUAAUGGUUAAUAAAUUUCAAGUUAUAGAUUUGGAAAUUCAAAAACACUUAAAGGGACAGGAAGGAGAAAAUAACGUGACACUGACCUAUGGACAUUACAUGUUGAGGUCAUUAUUAACAUUUAUUGGAUCAAGAUAAUAAACUAAAAAUGAAAAAAAUGAUCCUUUAGUUUUGUUUUCUUUUAGGGUUGACAGCAGCCAAAACUGUAACAGAAUGAUGGAUCUUAUUCAGCAUUCAAAAUUCUACGAUAAAAAUUAUGGAACCUUAAGUUUUUUACUUCUGGUUCUGAAAAAAAAAUGUUUACUGAUGAUACAUUACAUAAGUAAUUAUUCUGAUUUUAAGGUUUCUUUUGUGACUUUGCAUUAAAUUCUCCAAUAUAUUUUUAAAUACUAUUAUAAAAGUAUUAUAUUAUUGUAUAGUAUUGUUCAAUAGAAAAAGUCUAGAAGCUGUAAGCUAGGUUUUAUUCAACAAACUCAAAAAGAAAUCCUCAUUCACGUUAAGUAAUGAGUUCUAUUGUAUGUUAUUAGCCUACGGCCAGAUGAGCGACUAUUACACUGCUGUAAGAGCAGUAAAAUGAAGUUGAAAAAAUGGGUCCUAUAGUGAGUAUAGUGAAUAGCCAAACAGCCGUACAGGCUGUAAAUCGCUGAAGCGAUUUACUAUACUCACUGUGGAACCCAUUUUUCUUGCUGUAUUUUACUGCUCUUACAGCGCUGUAAUUUUCGCUUGUCUGACCGUAGGCUUAUAGUUAUCCUUUUGACAACAAUGCAGAAUGUACUAUCUUUUUUUAAGCCACUUGAAAUUAAAAACUGUUUAAAUAGGCGAAGAUUUAAUGAGACCAUCAGUACUAUAUUCGUAAGGUAGAUAUGUGUACAGGAUUAAAUGGAUUAUAGGUAUUUCCUAAGGAGAUUGAUAUUGAAAGAAUUAGUGAUAAGUAAUUAUGAAGAUGUCCGACUAGAAUAUAUGUUUUAAUAUCAAAAUAUUUGAAAUCAAGGCUUGCUGUCAAAGUUAUUUUACUUUAAAGUUGAAUUAAAUACCGUUCUCAAUUUUUCUUUCGAUUUAGUGAGAAUCAAAAUGAAAAAAAUUUGAAUGUAGAGAUUAUCUGAUAAUCAAUAGUCUAUGAAUUGUUUAUAUAUUAAACCAAUUAAAACAGGAAACUGCCCAGUAGGAUGGAAUAUGUAAACAACUUACAGUUAGAGACAUAUAUAAAGUAUAGUGACAGGCACUAAACAAUGUUUAUUAUCUAGAGCAGAAAACUAUGCCCAAAAUAACUCCAUAGUGAUAUAGAUAAUAAGAAAAAGAGCAACAAUUCAUACAGAAAACAAAACUAAGUCUGACCAGUAUGGCUUCAGAAAUAUAAGAUCUACAAUAGACGUCAUUUGUUCAUUAAUUAUGGAAAAUAUUGACAUGUACAUAUAACCGAAUUUUAAAUAUGUGUUUGACAACACUAGGAUUUCAAGACGGACUUGCCCGGUCCUUAAUAAAGAUGGACUUAAAUAAUAAUAGGCAAAAGAAGAGAAGAAACAGAAAAAAAGAUAAGAUCAGAGUGAGGCAAGGCGACCCAAUAUGAAUAGCAUUAUGCAAGCAUACAUCCUACUGCCUAACAAGAUCAUUAAAGAAGGCAUACUAAAAUUAGCAUCUCUGCAGAUGAUAUAAAAAUAAUGGCAAACGCAAAAGCGACAGGAAGAAAUAAUUUCGAAAACAAUGUAUCAUUAAAAAACACGGACUGUGAAAGCAUUCUUCUUGUGAUGUAACUCCUAUCGGAGAUUGGAUAUCAUCAUGACUAGUCUAAUUUUGUUAACUGUUCUUCUAAAAAGUGAGCUUGAAUUACAGCUACAAUAUUUACGCUAAUUCCUGAUAAGUCUGGAUCCCGCGUAUGAAAAAAAGUUGAUUAAUAGCAAAAUGAAAAUUUGUUAAUAGCUUAAGGGUGUCCAGUCGGAUAAACGUUGAUAUAUGGGAACACUGGAACAGGGGCAGUUUUAAUUGUGGAACAGGUUAAAAAUUUGGAACGGUCAGACCACGAAAACGGCACAUUUAUUUUGUCCGACAGAAUAGACUUAAAGUCUCCGAACAGAGAUUAAACUCUCAUGCAAAAAUCAGACUGCUAUUUAUCACCAAAUGGGCGUUUUAAUGAGUAUGUAGUAUGUCAAAUGACAGGAAUUAUGACAGGUGAUAAAUAGCAGUCUGAUUUUUGCAUGAGAGUUUAAUCUCUGUUCGGAGAGUUUAAGUCUAUUCUGUCGGACAAAAUAAAUGUGCCGUUUUCGUGGUCUGACCGUUCCAAAUUUUUAACCUGUUCCAUAAUUAAAACUGCUUCUGUUCCAGUGUUCCCAUAUAUCAAAGUUUAUCCGACUAGACACCCUUAAGCUAUUAACAAAUUUUCAGCUUGCUAUUAAUCAACUUUUUUUUCAUACGCGGGAUCCAGACCUAUGAGCUAGGAGUAUUUUUUAUUGUUUUUACUUAAACUCAACUGCAUUAUUUAGAAUGACAUUGAACAAAAUGGUAUUGAGCUUAGGUAAGUACAUACAUCACUGUAAAUGAUAAGUCCCAGUUCAAAGAUAGGUAUUUAAUCUCAUUUUAAAGAAUACAUCUUCACUUCUAGACUUGCAGUGUAGACAUACGGAGACUAUCUGAUGGCAGAUUUUUUUUUAUUCUUGUGAAUCACCUGGUACUAUGAACGAUUUUGUGUUGUAAAAUAAAAGCAAGAGGAUUUGUUUGGAGUUUCCAAAUAAAAAUGAAUCCACACUGCAGUUAUUUGAACUAGUAAAAUGGAAGUUACUUGGUUGACUAGACACUAGACUAUAAUUAUUAAUACUGCCUGAAAUGACUAUAGUAGUCAACACAUACAAAAUUUACAAUAAAUCAAUUAUAUUAUUUUUAAGUUUUUAAGAUCCUUCUUGUGCGUAAUUAUUUCACAAAUAUACUUUAGCAAUUUUUUGGAUGCUGCAAUUAUUUUCAGCUAAACAGUCUAUUUUUAAUGUAUGAAGUUUGAUAUUCAUUUUUAAUGUAUACAGUACUUAAUUUUUUCUAUAUCCGUGUCUAUUUAACAAAAACCUUUACUUUGGAAACGGUGUUUGUAGUGCCUCAUUUGCAGUGGUAUUCUAUGAGCCACAUUACAUUUUUAACUAAUUCGAUCUCACGAAGAACAAUAAAGCCAUACAAUAUAGAUAAAAAUAAGUACUGAAUAACUAGAUGCGAUAUCAUGGGUAAUAAAGAUUUUUAUAUUAAUGGAGAUAGAACUUAUUUUAUUUAUAAUUUGUUGUUUUGUAAUCGAAUAAAAAUUAAAAAAAUAUAUUAAAACUUUAUUUUUAUGUAUUGAUUAAAGUAUUAGCAUGACGUACAAGAGCGAAAACCUUACUAAAGGUAUGCGCUCACUUGACCGUGACGGCCGACCAUGGAACUUACGGCUACAGUCCGGAAUUUAAUGCCAGAACGCGCAUUUGCCAGCAAAAUCACGUCAGCUCAAUCAACUUAAUUGCAUAUUUCACGAAAGAUGAAAUUUAGUGCUACAUACGCCUUUCGUACAGCGUUUUUUGUUCUCUCUACAGUAUUAAUAUCAUCAGCAUAUGCAAGAAUUUGCACCGAUUUGUUAUAAUUAUAUUAACACAUUAAAUGCCACAUUAAAAUUCUUUGUUUUUGCCUUCAGGCUCCACGUUCAGAAUCUCAAUGUUAAUGUGAAUUAUAUUUAGCUCACUGAGCGCCUUGGCCAAACAAGGCGUGAGUUAAAUACAACUCACGUGGCGUUCAAUGUGUUAAACCAGUGGUUGUGAUUUGUGACAUAUGUAUUACUAUUUCCAGAGCAAGAUUGAACAGUAUACAGGAGAGAGUGUUUUUCUGGCGUAGCCCCUUAUAUGUUUUAAAAGGUUAAGAUACCUAGAAGUACUUCAUUCAUCAAAAUGAGUCUUCUUCUUUUUGUAGUUCCUUCUCCUAUCGGAGGUUGGCUAUCCGUACCUUAUUUGCGGCCGAUCUGAAAAAAUGUUUGAUUGAUUUAAUGGUUACAAUGUUGAUAUUUGUUUCUUCCAAUGCUUUCCUCAGUCAGGUACGCUGUUGUAAGCCUUUUUUAAGUUACAUAGAAGAGAGCAAGUGCACCUCUUGAUUAAACGACGUCUUCUUUACAAUCACUUGUUGGACAAGAAGAUUAUACAGAAAAAGUUGAACCUUCGCGCUCUAAAUUGUGCCUGUUCUUUGACUUCCCCGUCUCUACACUUCAUUUCAUUGAUUGAUCAAGCUACUAAUUUAUAUAAGUGUAAUGUGGUUGUCAUAAUGGUUGUUUAAUCUAAAUUUAAAUAUUACUUAUGAUUUUUCGAUUUUAUUAAAGGAACAAGAUCGUUAGAUAUGGUACUCAAUACUCAAGUAAUCCAGUAGUAAAUUGUAUAAUUGUGCAAAAACCGAAUAUUUUUAUUUAUUAAUGCUAUCAUGUUUUUUUAAAUUAUAUAUACCAAUACUUCGGAACAAACAAAUUAUAUAUGAAACUUGUGUAUAUAGGGCUUUUCAUUCACAGUCAUUUGUUUCAACCUUCUGUCAUAUGUCGUAUAAUCCGUGUAUAUUAAUAUUAUACACGGGUUAUACAACAUAUGACAGAAGCUCGAAACAAAUGACAAUCGAUGAAAAGCCCUAUUCCUUCAUGUUAAAACUUUAUUCUAUUAUUUUUAUUCGUAUCAUUAGGUAUCUAUUAUUUUUAUUCGCAUCGUUACAUUUGCAAUAUAUCUUGGUAUAUAGUUGUGAAGAGUUAGUAUUUGUAAGCCUACUAUUUGUUCGCAUAUAUGUCGAAACUUAGUCCAGGAAAAUAAGCAAAAAAAUACCCUGUUUGUGACACUGACCCGGCCGACACAGCCAGGCAAACGACAGUGGUUUUGAGUAGUAUGGACCUCCAUAACUAAAACCUAUAUGUUUCAUGCAGUCGAUUUUUGGUAAAUUUUUGCUUUUUUCAUCUAUCACCAAAAAGUUAAGCAUGUGAAACAAGUUUGGGAGUAAGAAAUUUUAAGUCACAUAAAAACCUUCUAAAUGACAUUUUUUAAAUGUUUGUAUCCUUAUUUGUUGCUUAGAAAAUUGCAAAAUAAGUCGGAAAUUUCGGUUUUUAUAAAUGACCUUUUUUAAAAAUGAAAUACUAAAAUCACAUUAGUAAAAUGUGAACUAAAUGAAAACUAAAAAUCAUUUUAGCGUAGAACCUUCAUAUUACAUGUAAUGUUGGGUCUUGUGGUACUUAAAGUAUACUCAAAAUUUCAAAGCAUAGCCCGUUCUUUAACGGUAAAUAUUGCAAAACCUCUACAUUUUAAAGAACCGCUUGGAUUGACAUGAAAUUUGGCAUACACAUAGCUAACAGUCAAAGAAAAAAAGUGAUAUUGUGCUGAUAUGUGCUUUUGCCCCGGGGGUGCUUUUCACCCCCUCUUGGGGGUAAAAAAGUAUUCGUCCAAAGUAAGUCCGGAAAUUGAUAAACUGACUAAUUUUAAGUAACUUUUGUUCUAUAGAGUUUUUUCACUAAGUCAAUACUUUUCGAGUUAUUUGCCAGUGAAUAUGUUCAUUUUUUCAACAAAAUAACCACACUUUUAGACGGGUUUUUGCAAAUAACUCAAAUAGUACGUAUUUUGUCGAAAAACAUUCGUAGCAAAAAUAUAGCCUGUAAAAAAUUUAAAAAAAUGGUGUAUAUAUCACGUUUCUAUACCUAGUAGGAGCAGAGUUAUACCUAAUUAAAAAUAGGUUCAUAUUCGUCAAAUUCCAAAUGGAAUACUUUAACGUGAAAUAACCAAAAAUGAAGAACAUUUCGGGGAAAACUCAUUACAACUUAUUUAAAGUGUUUAAAAAAGCUUAAUUUUUGUUUUAUAAAAAAAAAUUCUAGCAUCAAAAGUAAACAAGUUACGCUCAAAAUAAAGUUAGUCACUUUUUUUGGUAAAAAAAUAUGGAAAAUCACCCCCUAAUUAGUAUCUCAAAUGAACUUAAUCGUUACGACUUCACAAGUUUCUUGACCGGUGUAUGUAUUGUUUAUAUGAUCUGUAAGUUUCAUCGGUUCAAAGUUCUUAUUUUUGAAAGGGCUGUAGUUAAAAGGGGUUGAACGAGUCACUCAUCACGAAUGUAUGCAAAUUUAGAAACACCAAAUCUCAAUCAAUUUUUGUCUAACAGAAAAACAAAAAAAUACAUGAUAUUCAGAAAAGCAAUGCUGAUUUUUUUUGUUUUUCGAGAUUUUUGGUAUCUCUAACAAUUUUUAAGUUAUUUUGAAAAAAAGCAUAUUUUUCAAAAUUAAAAAUUUUACUUUAAAACCAAAUUUUUUCCAAAAUAAGCACUUUAAAUCGAUGAAACUUACAGAUCAUAUAAACACAACAUAACUAAAAUAAUUUGUGGAGCGGUAACGAUUAAUUUCAUUUAAGUUGCUAAUUAGGGGGUGGUCUCUAACAUUUUUUAAGUUAUUUUGAAAAAAAGCAUUACUUUCAAAAUUAAAAAUUUUACUUUAAAACCAAUUUUUUUCCAAAAUAAGCACUUUAAAUCAAUGAAACUUACAGAUCAUAUAAACACAACAUAACUAAAAUAAUUAAAAAUAAACAAAUAAGGAUAGAAACAUUAAAAAAAUGCCAUUUUAAAGGUUUUUAUGUGACUUAUUAGUAUCUUACUCUCAAAUUUUUUUCACUUUUUGCUGAUAGACGAAAAAAGCGAAAAUUAACCAUUUUUAUGGCCUUAAUUUGUUAAUAACUAAUUAAGUCUCAAAAUCGACUUCAGGAAGCAUAAUAUAUUUAGGUUCUUGCUAUAGAGGUCCAUACAACUCAAAACAACUGUUGUUUGCAUGGCCGGGUUAGUGUCACGAAAAAAAUCUCAUUUAACUGGACUGAGGGGCUUGUUUAAUUUUACAUAAUUUAAAAUAUUUUUUAUAUUGGCAUUUUUAUGUUGUAAUUUUACUUUUAGCAAAAACUUAGUAAUUAAGUAUUAAUUUUGUAAUUUUAUAUCUAUGUAGCUUUUUUAAUAACAAAUUUAUUUAUGGAUAUAAUAUAUAUUAUAUAUUAUAACAAGGGUGUAACUAAUUGUUUUUAUAUCAAUCUCUAAUCUAGUCUGUAGUCACUUAUUUUACAUAAGUCAGUCGUAGAUGGAAUGUGCAAGUAUAUUUGUUAUGUCCUGUAAGGUAAGAUGGCAGACCAAAUAUAUUUCAAUAGUGACAUCUUCAAUUCUAAAAUAGUUCUGUAAUUCUUCGUAAAGCAGUUUUGUUUCGCUCUCAAUACUAUCAAGGCUAAAAUUAACGACAAACAAUUAUACAAGUAGAUCAGGAAGUCAUAUUCCCUUAUUCAUUCAAUUUUUUAAAUUUCAUGAUUUUCUGUCAUCCUCAUCCGUGGCUUUAUAUAGCUCGUUAUAAGGCAGUCAAUGAGAGCAAGAACAGGUUAUUAACUCCGAAUUCUAUCCUACUGCAUGGAUUUUAAUGAAAUUUUAGGAAUAGCCUGAAAAUAUCUCCUUAUUCAAAGUCUACCCUAUGCCGAUGUGUGCUUUUGUCUUGGAGGCGGUUCCCACCCCUUCUCGGGGAUGGAAAAUUUUUUGGUUAAACAACUACGGAAGUUGCUAGAGAACCUAAUUCUAAGCAAAAACUGUUCUAUAAUUUUUUUCGAAAACUCAAUACUUUUUGAGUUAUUCGUGGUUGAAAAUUGGCCAUUUUCAUUGAAAUAUAACACCUUUUCAAACGGUUUUUUGCGAAUACCUUAAAAACAAUGCAUCUAAGUAAAAACAUUAUAUAAAACAUUUUUGUAGCUCAUAGAAAAACAAAGAGAUUCGUUCCUUCUUCAAUCUUCUAGUUAUAACACAAAAAGAGAUAUGGUAGGUAAAAAUAGUUUGUUUUUUGGUGCAUGCUCAAAUCAGUGUAUUCAACUUGAAAUAACAGAGAAACGAUCGAUUUUAGGUGUAUAAUGCUACCAAUACCUUUUAUUUUGCUUGAAAAGUCCUUUCAAAUAAGCAAUAUUAAAUAUCGAUUACAUUCAAACUAAGCGAGAUAUGCUGCAAAAAAUUGAUGACUAACGAAUUUUAAGAAAAAAAUUGAGAAGUAUAUUUAACCCCUCAUCCACAAGAAUUUAAAUGCAUCGUUUUCCUUCUACAAUACAUUUUACUGCAGUGUUAUUUUUAUGUUCAACAAGUUGAGCAAGUUUAAAAUGAAUGGUUUUUGAAAAAAAUAAGAUCAAAUUAUAGAGCGAAUAUUUAAAUUUUCUUAAAAAUCUUCCUUUUUCUCCAUGUAACUUGAAAAUGAUAAGAGAUACUGUUAUAAAAAAUAAAAUCAAAAUGUUUAUCUAGAAGAAGCCUAUAUUUUUAUAUGGCAUCUUUUUUUUGGCAUCUCGUAUCAGUUUCGAGUUACAUGGAGAAAUAGGAAGAUUUUUAAGAAAAUUUAAAAAUGCGCUCUAUAAUUUGAUCUUAUUUUUUUCAAAAACCAUUCAUUUUAAACCCGCCCAACUUUUUGAACAUAAAAAACACUAUAGUAAAAUGUAUUGUAGAAGGAAAACGAUGCAUUUAAAUUCUUGUGGAUGAGGGGCUAAAUAUACUUUUCAUUUUUUUCUUAAAAUACGUUAGUCAUCAAAUUUUUUACAGUUUAUCUCGCAUAGUUUGAAUGUAAUCGACAUUUAAUAUUGCUUCUUUUAAAGGUCUCUUCAAGCACAACAAAAGUUAUUGGUAGCAUUAUACAACAAAAAUCGACCGUUUCUCUGUUAUUUCAAGUUAAAUACACUGAUUUGAGCAUGCACCAAGAAAACAAGUUUUUUUCACUUACCAUAUCUCUUUUUGUGUUAUAACUAGAAGAUUCAUGAAGGAAAGAAUCUCUUUGUUAUUUUAUAAGCUACAAAAAUGUUAUAUGGUUUUUUUAGUUAGAUGCAUAGUUUUUAAGGUAUUCGCAAAAAACCGUUUGAAAAGGUGUUAUGUUUCAAUGAAAAUGGCCAAUUUUCAACCAGGAAUAACUUAAAAAGUAUUGAGUUUUCGAAAAAAAAAUUAUAGAGCAGUUUUUGCUUAGUAUUGGGUUAUCUAGCAACUUCCGUAGUUAUUUAAGCAAAAAAUUUUCCAACCCCGAGAAGGGGGGGAACCGCCCCCAAGACAAAAGCACACAUCGGCAUAGGGUAGACUUUGUUUCUUGGGCUAUUCCCUACUUACUGUGAAAAUAUCACGUAAAUCGAUAUAGUAGGAUGGAAUUCGGAGCCACAUACCCUCAUUGACUGCCCUAUUAGUAGCCAAAGCCUUUUUCAGAAAAAUCAUCCAUUCACCCCUGUCUCUGGCAACUCUUCUCCAUGCUCUAACUCGGAUAGAUUAUAAAUCAUUCUCUAAGUUGUGUUGAGACCUAAGUCUCGGUCUUCCUCUAGCUCGUUGUCCAUUCGGCCCUCUUCGGUCAAAAACUUUUCUUACUCUUGCACCUUCAUCUAAGGCUCAUUUCACACCAAUCGAGUCAAGUGCAGUCAAAUCAAACCAGUCAUAACUGUCGCAUUGAAUGCGUCUUGUGGAAUCAUCAGUGUAGAGACACAUAUGGCUAAACAUGGUUGCAGUUGUUCAAACAGUAACAUUACGUCGCCUCCGAAGAAGGAGAAUGAGAUAACGAGGAAAACUAUUUUGAGUUCAUCCCAUAAACACUAGAUCUGUUUUUGGUUCAUUCACUCAUAUGUUUCCUGAUUUACUAGAUGAUCCUAAAAUGUUUUACAACUAUUUUCGAAUGAGCAGAAAUAUUUUUUUUUAAUUAAAAAAUGCUAUAUGUAUUUGCAAUAUCCAUUUUUAAAUGUGAAAACCGUGCAGUGACUGAACAAGAUUCAUAUAAAAAUUCGACUUGUCGAAUCAUGAAGAGUCUUGGACUUAACUCGACUCGACUGGAUUUGAUUGAGUCAGUGUGAAACCAAACAGACGCAUUUGCUUUACUUUCGUGUUAACGCAGCUGGAAGAAUCUUCGAGCGUCUGACUGGAUUGGACUCGCUUGGUGGGAAAUGACCCUUAAGACUCAUUUCGCACCAAACGAGUCUAGUCCUGUCAGACGCUCGAAGAUUCGUCCAGCUGUAUUCGAAAGUAAAGCAAAUGACUGUUUGGUUUCACACUGACUCAAAUCCAGACGAGUCGAGUCAAGAAUCUUCAUGAUUCGACAGAUCGAAUUUUUACAUCAGUCUUGUUCAGUCAAUGCACGGUGUUCACAUUAAUAAAUGGAUAUUGAAAAUAUUCGCGGUGUGUAAGUACUUGGAAGGGAAACGAGAAACGACCGUGCGCGAGUCGCGGAGAAAUAUUGCAACUAUCUUAAAUAAUUCAAAUUGUCAAUUGAAAUUGUCAAAUUGACGUAUAUUUCAUACCUUCUGUCAUUGAAGCAGAAAAAUUAUAUAUUGCUCCACAAUAUUGUUAUGAUACGCAAUUAUUAUAUAAAGGUAAAUUUAAUUAAUUGUAUUUUGCUUGCAGUACUGCAUUUUAAUAACUAAUUUUAUUUACUACAUACAAUUGUUUUCGUUUGCAUAACAUAACCUGCAUCUUAUUUUUUCUUCUUAUUAUUUUUUUGGACUAUGGCCUUGACAAUUAUUCAAUAACCAGGACUAAUAUAAUUGGCCAAUAUAAUUAACAGUGCGAAUAAAAGUACAGAGCGUAGAAAUAGGGGUCGCUUUGCCGAACUUGCACGGUCCCAAUAGCAUUUCAAAUGAAAAAAUAAAUCUGUGCUCAUUCGAAAAUAGUUGUAAAACGUUUCAGGAUAAUCUAGUAAAUCAAGAAACAUAUGACUAAAUGAACCACCUGUGUAAGUGACCACGUUUCUGCUCCAUCUGUUACCACUAGCCUUAUUAGGGUUUUAUAGACGGUCACUUUAAUUUUUCUGGGUAGUUUUGAAGCUCUCUGUCUUCUCAAGCCGUAGUAACACUUAUUGGCAAGCAAUACUCAUAGACGGAGAGGCAGCGCUGAAAAAUCUCUUUGAAUUUACUAAAGCAAAAUUUCACAGUUGAUUACUGUGAUUGUGUAGAGAAAGAUACUGCGGUCUAUCAAGCUAAACGUAGAACAGGAGUUACGAGAGGAUAUCAAAGUUGCUUUCCUACGAAGGUAAUUAAAUCCAUUUACUAAGGUUGAAAAUCAGUACACACAUUCUAAAUUGAAUAUAAAAAAAUAGUUAUUAUAGUCGGUCAGCUGUAUGACGGGACAGAGCCGGUCGGUCGGCCCCAAUGAAUGUACAGGAUUAUUCACUAUAUUUUGACCCCCUUGUAAACUGCUUUAUUUACAGAAUUAGAAAAAAAUGUAAAAUACAAAAGUUAUUCGAUUUUUAA